GCCGCCACGCUGGCGCAUCUCCUGCCCGCCCCGGCGAUGUACAGCCUGCUGGAGAACGAACUGAAGCCGCCCCAGGGUAACCCCGGCGGGGGCGCCGCUGGCAACGGGGGUCCCGGGAGCGCCGGCAAAGGAGGAGCAGGAGCGGGAGGCGGCGGCGGCGGCGGGACCAACGCGGCUGUCCCAGACCAGGACCGGGUCAAACGUCCCAUGAACGCCUUCAUGGUGUGGUCGCGGGGGCAGCGCCGCAAGAUGGCCCAGGAGAACCCCAAAAUGCACAACUCGGAGAUCUCCAAGCGCCUGGGCGCCGACUGGAAGCUGCUGAGCGACGCCGAGAAACGGCCCUUCAUCGACGAGGCCAAACGCUUGCGCGCCGUCCACAUGAAGGAGUAUCCGGAUUAUAAGUACCGGCCCCGUCGUAAGACCAAGACGCUGCUGAAGAAGGACAAGUACGCGCUGCCGGGCAACUUGUUGGCCCCGAGCGGGGGUCCCGGCGGAGGCGGAGGCGGCGGGGCAGGCGGCGGGGUGAGUAGCCCGGUGGGCGUCGGGCAGCGCCUGGACUCGUACGCGCACGUCAAUGGCUGGCCCAACGGUGCCUACGCGGCGGCUUCGCUGAUGCCCGAGCAGCUGGGCUACGGGCAGCACCCGGCCAUGGGCAACGCGCAGCUCCAGUCGCUCCACCGUUACGACGUCAGCGGCCUCCAGUACAGCCCCAUCAUGUCGAGCGGCCAGUCCUACAUGACGGCGGCCGCUUCCACCUACAGCAUGGCCGCCGCCGCCGCCGCUUAUGGCCAGCAGCCGUCGAGCCACGCCAUGAGCUUGGGGACUAUGGCCUCGGUGGUUAAAGCCGAGCCCAGCUCGCCGCCGCCGGCCAUCGCGUCGCACUCCCAGCGGGCCUGCCUGGGGGACCUCCGCGAUAUGAUCAGCAUGUACCUGCCGCCCGGCGGAGACGCCGCCGACCCGUCGAGCCUGCAAAGCGGGCGCCUCCACGGCGUCCACCAGCACUAUCACAACGCCGCCGGGGCGGCCGUCAACGGCACCGUCCCACUGACUCAUAUCUGAAAGAGACCCCCCGAGCUGAGCCGGCAAAGCGCCAGCCGCCUCUCUUUGGCCCCGCCCGGCCGCCCCGUCGAAGCUCCGGGAACGCGGCUCUUGCCAGGUCCCUGCGAUGGAAGCCGCCUUCUACGUCCGCCGUUGUUGCCAUCUUCCGAGGCGACCCCCACUCCCGACCCCUUUUGCUUUCCCUCAAUCCUCCCAGCCCCCCAACACGCCUGCGGAGAGCCACGUCGGGCAAAGGAACUCCCCCCCCUCCUUUUGGUUUGUUUUUAACGAACGCGUAAAAAACAUGAACUUCUUGUCUGGCUUUCUCAGAGCACAAUUGACUGUUUUAAAAAAGAGACUUUUUACAAAAGGCGCUGUGAAAUUUCUGUUUCUCUCCC